CCCAACCUAAAUUGCAGAACAGAAUACAAAAAUAGGUCUACAUGCAAAUAUCAUGAAUUCAAUUAUUCCAAUUCUAUCAAGUAGCCUGAGAAGAAUAAUGUAAUCUAAUGAAUAUAUCCACAAUAAUAAAUCCCCAUUUUCUACUAGCAAGCAGUCAUUUUUUGAUAUGAUAUGAUAUGAUAUGAUCAUCCAUUCAGUCCUCCUUUAAAACAUCUCAUCUUGGUACACCUUUCUUUCCAUCAGAGACAAAUCCAAACGGUCACACAUCAUCAAACACGCAAGUAAAAUAACAGGCACCCCACAGUCCUCCCUCGCAGUCCUCCACACACAGGCAGUCAGUCGUAAAGCCACCUCCAAAAUACAUGACCCUUCACAUCCACUCCACAACUCAUUCCAACUCCCUCCUUCAGGCCGUCGUUACAGCGUCCCACUAGUUAAGACAAUCUUAUUGAAAAAAUCAUUCAUCCAGUCCGCCAUCAACAUCAUCAACAAUGCACUAUAAAAUUAUUUUUUAUAUUCUGUAUUGUACGUAUUACACUGUAUUUAUUUUAUUUUAUUGUGUUGCUGUUUUUACGUUAACUGUGUUUGACUUGUGUUUAUUUAUUUAUUUUCUAUGCACAUCUGUGAACACGUCAAAGACAAAUUUCCACUGCUUUUUGCAGGGGACAAUAAAGUUUUUCUGAUUCUGAUGAUCAGUGAUAUCGGCCGACGAAGCAACUCUCUGCUUUUGUUGCUCUAAACCUUUAAAAAUCCACUAUUAGUUGACCUCUCAUCAAAAUAUGAACACAUUUCAGCAGACGUAACAAAGAACUUGUCAUCCCUGUUUGGACUUUCAAACAUGCCAAAGUUAUGUUUGUAGAUGAGGCCUUCCGUUUACCAUAUUUGUUAUUGUGCAAAUGCAAAUUUGCAUCUUUUUAAAAUGUAGUGUCAUUACAAUACAAAAUCAAUGCACACACACACACACACACACACACACACACACACACACACACACACACACACACACACACACACUAUGCAUGUGUACCUCAACAUUCAUUCACACACCAGGGAUUAUCUGUCACAGUAUCACAUAUAAACUCUGAGAUUGUCUUCAAACAUACUGUUGGUGUCCUGGUCUGAACACAUUAUCUAAGUUUUGAAGAGAUGAACGUCUCAUCUGCCAACGUGACAGUGGUUUUACAAUAUCGAGACUCCUUCACUAAAGCUGUGAUCAAGAAUAUGAUUGUCGUGGUUCUCGGGAUCUCCAUCAACUACAUCAAUGCAAGCCUCAUUCACACCUUCAGCAAACACCAGAUCUUCUACAGGAAUCCUCGGUAUAUACUUUUCAUUCACCUGGUGGUCAACGACAUGAUCCAAGUGACACUGACCGUCAUGCUGUUUGUCAUCAGCUACACCAUCUACAAAAUAAAUGUCUCUGUCUGUUGUGUCUUCAUGCUGCUUGCUGUUUUCACCACUGAAAACACUCCUCUGAACCUGGCUUGCAUGGCGGUAGAGUGCUACAUCGCCAUCUGCAUCCCACUUCGGCACGUGCAGAUCUGCACCAUCAAGAGAACGUUAAUGCUGAUGGGUUUAAUCUGGACGACAACCACGUUUUCUGUACUGUCUGAUCUCUUCAUCACUUUAGCCACACAGCCACCGGGCUUCUUUUAUUCUCGAGUGUUCUGCCUCAGAAACAAUGUCUUCCCACAUCCCAUCAUCACCCAGAAGAGGGACAACACAUAUUUAGUAUUUCUAGUUAUAGUUUGGAUCACCAUCUUUUACACUUACUUCAGAAUUCUGGGGGCUGCAAAAAGAGGUUUAAAAGAUAUUAAAAAAGCCAGAGACACAAUAAUCCUCCACGGGUUUCAGCUGCUGCUUUGUAUGACUUCAUAUGCAACUCCCAUGUUAAACGAUGUUCUGAGGCAAUUGUUCCCCAUGAAUCAAAUAGACACCUUGUUCGCAUGUUACAUCAUUGCACAGAUCCUGCCAAGAUCACUUAGUCCGAUCAUCUAUGGCAUAAGAGACAAGACUUUCAGAAGGUACCUGAAAACUAAUCUGUGUUGGAAAGUGAGCCCGUAGUAAGUAUCAGUUCAUGGGCAAAAGAACAGAUUGUUUGUCAAUGACUCCAGAAAUGACCGCUUGACCGACAACAGGACAAAAUUGUGAUUAAUGUCAGUUUGGUUUGAUGGCAAUG